AUGCCUUUAUUUUCAUCUAUCGAUGGGUCAUAUAUAGUACCACCGGCGGGUCGAUACUUGGCGUCUGGCUACGCCGCAGAUGUCUACCAGCUCGACGAUAAAAGUCUCGUCCUCAAACGACCCAAAUCUUAUCCAGGAGACCUCUCCGGGAACCAACACUUUCGCGGACUCGUCGACAAUGAGAGACGCAUCUAUGAACUUCUCGGCCCGCAUGAGGGAAUCCUGAAAUUCUUUGGCUGCCCAGACGAAGAGACAGGAGGGCUGAAGCUAGAGUAUGCGGACGGCGGCGAUCUGUGCGCCUACAUCACGGCGCAACCCAAACCCAGCGACGCUCACCGCUUCGAAAUGAUUCGACGCCUGUCAACGACGUGGCUGUAUAUCUACUCGCGCCACGUGCUGAUCCAGGACAUCAACACGGACAACGUCCUCGUCCACCACGGGAUGCCCAAAGUCGGCGACUUCACCCAAGCCAUCGUCUACCCCGGGGAAUGCCCGCCGCCGCAGCACGACUUUUGGAUCGACAUAAUUGGUAUUGGCUGUAUCCUGUACUCUAUCGAGAAGUGGGAGGUCUUUGAUUACGAUUACUUCUCAGACCAACGAUGGCCAGAGCCCGCAGACCUCAGGUCUGUAGAGGGCAUGGCCUUGGGCCCGGUCAUAACCAAGUGCUGGGAGCGUGGAUACACUUGCAUGCAGGACUUUCACAACGAUGUCAUGCGCCUGCUCAAGUUGUGA